AUGGCACCCAAACAACCUCAAAGUGAUGCCUUCGUCCUCGGGGUGGGGCUCACCCAAUUCAUCAAGCCCCGACAGCUCCGAGCAUAUCCCGAGCUCGGAUUUGAGGCCGGUGUGAAGGCAAUGCUCGAUGCUCAGAUCACUUACGAUGAUGUUGAGAUGGGAGUCGCAUGCUAUUGCUUCGGCGAUACGACCUCCGGCCAGCGAGUUUUCUAUCAAUUUGGCAUGACUGGGAUUCCAAUCUACAACACCAAUAAUGCAUGUGCGACAGGAUCGACGGGAUUACACCUCGCGCGAACACUUGUGCGGAAUGGCGCUGCCGAUUGCGUCUUGGUCAUUGGCUUUGAGCAAAUGCAGUCUGGAAGCAUUAAAAGCACUUACAGCGACCGACCGAGUCCCAUGGGCUUGAGUACCAUCAUGAUGGAGAAGGAGUAUGGCAAGCAUGCCUCACCCAGAAAUGCACAGUACUUCGCCAAUGCCGGCCGGGAGUAUAUGGAGAAAUAUGGGGCAGAAGCCCGUGACUUUGCCGAAAUCGCUCGUGUUUCUCACGAACACUCGACUCGCAAUCCAUAUGCACAAUUCCAGAACGAACAUACCUUGAAGGAAAUUGAAGACUCAACCAUGAUCCAUUACCCUCUCACCAAGCUUCAAUGCAGCCCGACCAGCGACGGUGCUGGUGCUGCCGUCAUCGUAUCGGAGCGCUUCCUGGCCGCACGUCCCCAUCUCAAAUCCCAAGCCAUCCUCAUCGCCGGGCAACAACUCCAGACCGACCAGCCCGAGCUCUUCUCCCGCAGCGCCAUCGAUCUCGUGGGCUCCGCCAUGACCACCCGCGCCGCCAAAGCCGCUCUCGCUGAAGCCAAUGUCGGCGUCCGUGACAUCUCCGUCUGCGAGCUCCACGAUUGCUUCUCGGCCAACGAAUUGGUCCUGCUCGAUGCAUUGGGGUUCGCGAAGCCCGGCAAAGCCCACGAGCUCGUGCGCCGUGGCGACAUCACCUACUCCGGCGACCGAAGCAAGUGCCCCGUCAUCAACCCAUCCGGCGGACUGAUCUCCAAGGGCCAUCCGCUCGGCGCCACCGGACUGGCACAAUGCGCAGAACUAUGCUGGCAACUGCGCGGAUGGGCCAACAACCGCCAUGUUCCUGCCAAGGUGGCUCUGCAACAUAACCUCGGCCUGGGUGGGUGUGUCGUGGUCAACGUAUACAAGAGAGCUGAUGGCAAGGAGAACGUCCGCUUGAGCGAUGAGCAGGCGAUCAAGGGGACCAGUUGGUCGUAUAAUCCGGCCACGCAGGCUAAGACGCCGACGAUGGAGGAAGCGGAAAAGGUGCGGAGCAAGAGAUUUGCGAACGAUUACGCGCUGGGAGACACGCCGGAGAAGAUGCGUUCACGGUUGUGA